AUGGCCUUCACAGACCUGCUGGAUGCCCUGGGUGGCGUGGGUCGCUUCCAGCUCAUCUACACGGCCCUGCUGCUGCUGCCCUGCAGCCUGCUGGCCUGCCACAACUUCCUGCAGAACUUCACGGCCGCCGUGCCCCGCCACCACUGCCAGGGCCCUGCCAACCACACUGUGGCUGUCACUGACAACUCAGGAGCCUGGCUGAGGGCCACCGUGCCCCUGGACCAGCUGGGGGACCCCGAGCCGUGCCGGCGCUUCACAGAGCCUCAGUGGGCCCUCCUGAGCCCCAACACCUCCGUCCAGGGGGCGGCCACGGAGGGCUGCAGGGACGGCUGGGUCUACGACCGCAGCGUCUUCCCGUCCACCAUCGUGAUGGAGUGGGACCUGGUGUGCGAGGCCCGUGCCCUCCGCGACCUGGCUCAGUCCAUCUACAUGGCCGGGGUGCUGGUGGGCGCCGCCGUGUUUGGCACCCUUGCAGACAGGCUGGGUCGCAAGGGCCCCCUGGUCUGGUCGUACCUGCAGCUGGCAGUUUCGGGGGCCGCCACGGCGUACGUCAGCUCCUUCAGUGCCUACUGUGUCUUCCGGUUCCUGAUGGGCAUGACCUUCUCCGGCAUCAUCCUCAACUCCCUCUCUCUGGUUGUGGAGUGGAUGCCCACCCGGGGCCGGACCGUGGCAGGGGUCUUGCUGGGGUACUCCUUCACCCUGGGUCAGCUCAUCCUGGCCGGAGUGGCGUACCUGAUCCGCCCCUGGCGGUGGCUGCAAUUUGCCGUCUCUGUUCCUUUCCUAGUCUUUUUCCUCUACUCUUGGUGGCUGCCAGAGUCAUUGCGCUGGCUCCUCCUUCACGGCAAGUCCCAGCUCGCUAUGCAGAACCUGCGCAAGGUGGCUGCCAUGAACGGGAGGAAGGAGGAAGGCGAAAGGCUGACCAAGGAGGUGGUGAGCUCCUACAUCCAGAGUGAGUUUACAAGCAUCCGCACCUCCACCUCGGUCUUGGACCUCUUCCGAACCCCGGCCAUCCGCAAGGUCACUUGCUGUCUCAUGGUGGUCUGGUUCUCCAACUCCAUGGCUUACUACGGCCUGGCCAUGGACCUGCAGAAGUUUGGGCUCAGAGUCUACCUGGUGCAGGUCCUGUUCGGGGUCAUAGACAUCCCGGCCAUGCUGGUGGCCACCACCACCAUGAUCUACGUGGGCCGCCGGGCCACCGUGGCCUCCUUCCUCCUCGUGGCUGGGCUCAUGGUGAUCGCGAACAUGUUCGUGCCGGAAGAUAUGCAGGCCCUGCGCACAGCCCAGGCGGCGCUGGGCAAAGGCUGCCUGGCCAGCUCCUUCAUCUGCGUGUACCUGUUCACGGGAGAGCUGUACCCCACGGAGAUCAGGCAGAUGGGGAUGGGCUUCACCUCGGUCAACGCCCGCCUCGGGGGCCUGGCGGCACCCCUGGUCACCAUGCUCGGGGAGUUUGGCCCGGUCCUGCCACCCGUGGGUUUCGGAGCCACCUCGAUCCUGGCUGGGCUGGCUGUCUGCUUCUUGGCUGAGACGCGCAACAUGCCCCUGGUGGAGACCAUUGAGGCGAUGGAGAGGAGAGUCAAAGCAGGCCUUUCAAGGAAGGAUGCAGAACAGAAGAGUGAAGAUAUUUCUCUUCAGCAGCUGGGGGCUUCUGCCCUUAAAGAAACCAUCUAA